AUGGUCUCUGAAACUAAGAGCGCAGUUCACGAACUUUUUAAAAAGGCCAUUAACGCUAAGAGUUGUCCAUGCAACAACUAUAUUUUGAACAACUCAUUAGCCAAAUUUUCAAAAGUUACAUCUUGUCGUAAUGCUUCAGCAACUAUGAGGAAAGAGCUUCAAGGGAUAAAUGUACAAGGAAUAUGCGAAACUCGUUGGGUUGAAAAGCACGAUGGACACUUACAAUUUCAGGGCGAUAACUUGGUCAAAAUGUGUAAUGCCCUACACAGAAUUACAACUUGGGAUGAUAGCAAAACCGCGAGUGACGCUCAAUAUCUCUUACAUGCUCUAUGUAGUUCUGAAUUCAUUAUUGCUUCUUUAUGCUUGAAUGAUGUCUUAGAUUUAAAAAAAGCUUUCGACAAUGUCAAUUGGAAAAUACUGUUUAACGUAAUGAACAAUGUUGGAAUAGACAUUAAAGAUAGAAAUAUUCUACACGCAAUAUAUAAAAAUCAAGAAGCGGAAAUUAAAAUCAAUUCCACAACAAAGACAGCUAAUUUACAGAAAGGAGUAAGACAAGGGUGUCCACUGUCACCAUCUUUAUUUAAUGUCUACGUUGAACUAGCGAUAAGAGAUAUAAAACAAAAGCUAGAAGAACAAAUGAUAGGAGUAGUAAUAGUAGGUAUAUUAAUACCAAUGAUAUGCUUUGCAGAUGAUAUAGUUUUGCUCGCCACAUCUGAAAACGAUCUACAAACAGCAAUUAUUGAAAUGGAUAACAUAUUUCUAGAAUUCAAAUUAAAUAAAAAUUCGGAAAAAACCAAAGUAAUGAUAUGUAGUAAACAAAAUGAGCCAAACAUUAACAUAUCCCUAAAAGGAAAAAUAAUGGAACAAAUAAAUCAAUUUAAAUAUUUGGGAAGUAUAAUAGAUAAUGAAGGAAGGUCAAAAAAGGAAAUAAAAAGUAGAAUAGGGCAAGCAAAAAAGGCAUUUCUACUUAAGAGUAAAUUACUAACAUCAAAUAAUGUAGAUCAAAGAACGAGAAAACAUUUAAUUAAAACAUACGUAUGGAGUACAGCAUUAUAUGAUUGUGGAACAUGGACGUUGAACAAAAAAGAGGAAACCACUCUAGAAGCUUUUGAAAUGUGGUGUUGGCGUAAAAUGAAGAAAAUAAAAUGGACGGAAUUGAAGACAAACGAAGAAGUAUUAGAUUUAGUCAAAAAGAAAAGAACAUUGCUAAAUAAUUUAAGGUCAAGACGAUGGCAUAUAAUAGGUCAUACGUUAAGACAUAAUGAAGAGCUCCUAGCCUCAUACUGGAAGGUACAACUGUAUCACAGCCGUUUUUUUCAGACUUCGGCUAUUGAUUUAAAAAGGGCAACCGAUGCAAUGAAAGACACUAUUUUUGUUCUGAAGCAAAAGAGAACAUAG